AGUUUACUCGUAUAUAUGACCACUUGUACGAGGAAAAAACCCGUUGAACCGAACAAUAACUAUAAAAGUUCGGUUAAAAAGUGGUUUGAUCAUACUGAAUAAGGUUUGAUUAUAUUUUACUUUCCUUUCGGCUGUCGAAGUCACUUUGUAUUCGGAGUGAUAGCUAAAAGAUUCAUAAAACGUGGCCGUUAUUUUCAGUCAUUGAUACCUGCUAGAUAAAACAUGCCUGUUCCAGCACUUCAAAAACCCGCUCCCGUCUUCAAGGGAACUGCAGUCGUUAAUGGAAUGUUCAGAGAUAUUUCUUUGGAAGAUUACAAAGGACAAUAUGUGAUCUUGUUCUUCUAUCCAUUAGAUUUCACUUUCGUAUGUCCAACUGAAAUUAUUGCUUUUUCUGAUCGUGUCGAUGAAUUCAAAAAAAUCAAAACAGCUGUAAUUGCUUGUUCCACCGACAGCCAGUUUUCUCACUUGGCAUGGAUCAAUACUCCUAGAAAACAAGGUGGAUUAGGAGAAAUGUCAAUUCCUUUAUUAGCUGAUAAGUCUGGAUCUAUAUCUAAAGCCUAUGGAGUAUUAGACGAGGAAUCAGGAAUUCCAUUCAGAGGACUAUUUAUAAUUGAUGGAAAAGGUAUUCUGAGACAAAUAACAAUCAACGAUUUGCCUGUAGGAAGAUCAGUAGAUGAAACGCUUCGUCUAGUACAAGCUUUCCAAUUUACCGAUGAACAUGGUGAAGUAUGCCCAGCUGGAUGGAAACCAGGAUCCAAAACCAUGAAACCAGACCCAACUGGAAGCAAGGAAUACUUCACCAAUGCAAAUUAAUUACAUCAAUUUAUAAUGAUAUGCAGUAUAAGUAUUAUUACAAAUGUUACUUUUUUUAAAUAAAUCUUAUUUACCUUCA